GGGUGCCAAGCUCGAAGAGUAGGCCAUCAGGCACGGCCUUGGUCCGCUAUCGCGAGCAAUUAGUGACAAUGCAGCCAGACCAGAUUGUGUGGCAACCAUACGAGGCAGACUUCGGCCACCUUCCUGAGUUCUGCACUGCAGGGAGGGAUACGUGGACAGCGAGGGUGCCGCUUGUGUGUUUUUGCAUAGUAGAGAGACACUACUUGGACCGUGUCCUUCGACAGUUUGGGUUGGCGCAGCAGCAACCUAACAAUGCUGUCUACGAUGAUAGACUGCAUAAAAUUGACUUACGUGGGAAGGUGGAAAAGAAUUGGAGGGAGGAGCAUGGACCGUAUAUCAUUUCAUGGAAAAUGAGACGACAACAACUUUGUCAUGCACCUCCUCAGAUUGGUGAGAUGCCCCACAAUCAUGCCUAUUACGUCUGGUACUGUCCGGUCACUCGAAAGUAUGUCGACCGCAACAGCGCUAAAUUAGAUAUAAUGAUUCAAAGCCAUUUAGCGCUAUUGGAGAUGCUUCCUGAAGGCAGCGAAGCUCACAACCAUGUUCGGCGUGUCCUAAAUAAUGUGGCUGGCCUUGGCCGUGAUCCUGCAGCAUAUGAGGAGGCAGACAAUGGGCAUAAGACUGAACCAACAGUUGCUGAAAUCCCAAGCACAAGCGCAGCACCUGUAAGUACACGGACCCGUGCUCAGCGUGCUAUUGCAAGCCCAAGCACAAGCGCAGCUAGGGGCCGUGGUCGGCCUGCUACAGCAAGCCCAAGCACAAGUGCAACCAGGGGCCGUGGUAUGCCUGCUACAGCAAGCCCAAGCACAAGUGCAGCCAAGGGCCGUGGUCGGCGUGCAACAACCCCUCGGGUUGUAACUAGUCUUGAGAUGCCUGCACCCAUCCCGCACUCAUCUCCUCAGCCUGAGGUCCCUCCACACAUCCCAGAUGCAUCUCCUCAGCCCGAGGUCAGUUCACCCAGCCCACCUUCGCAGCCCGAUUUUGAUCUCAGUAUUGAUGACAAUGUGACCCCUCCUAUACUCCCCGAGACACCCUCUUACCCACCUACCAGCUCUACUGCACCCACUCCUGGCCUCUACUUAGAGCAUCAUUACCCACCUACCGCAUCCUCAUCUGACCCUCUGGGACCUCCGGUUGGGAUUGACACUGUACAGCCACAUACUGAUGUACCAAACGAGCAUCCCCCUCAUCAGCUCUCACCUCCACGAGGUAGACCGCAGUGCACUAGAAGAGCACCCACUUGUGGGACAGGUGGACACAAAAUAGGACACUGAGGUAGCUCUAUGCAUGAUGAUGAGCCUAAGGAUGAUGCCCCGCAGCCUCCUCCCCCGCCCAAACAUUACACAAGGGUUAAAAAACGCAAAAUUGGCGAACCUUGAAUAAAAUUGAAUCAUCGAAAGUUACUUGAUGGAAUG